AUGCUUUUUAAAUUUUUCUUUAUCUUCCUUGUCCUGCUCUACCACACACAGGCUGCCAAAAAAGGCCUCACCAUGCAACUGCAAAAUAUAAGUUGCACCUUUGACAAGGAACUGGUGAAAAUGCUUGAAUGCCGAUACGUUAAACCGGCUCGCGUCUCGUUAAAUUUUCAACUUCAACGCGAUUUACAUGAAAAUGCCGAAUUACAUAUACGAGUCUAUGCCACUCCCUUCAGGGGUAGGAAACCCAUCGAGUUCUUAAAUGUCAAAACGAAUAUUUGUCAAACGUUGUCGCAAACGAUGGCAUUUCCAUUGUUGAAAAAUAUUAUGAGCCAAUUGCGUAGCACCAGUAAUUUUCCCUACUCCUGUCCGGUGAAGAAGGAUAUUGAGUUCUAUAUAAAAAAUUUCAAUUUGAAUACCAAACUGGUACCGGCGUACGCCCCACAGUUGACGUUUAAUUGUUCGCUGGAUUUCUACGAACAUGGCAAGUUGGUUACAACAUUUUACAUUGAGGGUGCCAAUAUUCCGAAAUAA